AUGCUUCUUAUUGUUUGCUUAAGUUUUUUGAGCUUACUGGGAUCAAGAAGUUCAAGCGACAGUACAACUCCUCAAUCACUAAUAACGUCAGAGGAGAGCGAACAGUGCUCAACGUGUGAUUUUCGACAGCAGAACAAGCUCAUGCGGCUUCAUUCAAUCAAGUCCCAAAUUUUAAGUAUACUACGACUUGAACAAGCACCAAAUAUCAGCAGAGACACCGUUAAACAGCUCUUGCCGAAAGCUCCCCCUUUGCAGGAACUUCUUAAUCAAUAUGAGCAAAAAGGUGGAAUUGCUGAGGAUGAGGACCAAAUCACCACUGAAACGAUCAUUACUAUGGCUACGGAACCCCAGUCCAUCGCCCAAGUUGACGGAAUGCCGAGAUGUUGUCUAUUCUCACUCAGCCCAAAGAUUCUUCCCAACAACAUCAUUAAAGCUCAGUUGUGGAUAUACCUCCGCCUGGCAGAAGAGGCAACAACAGUUUACCUGCAAAUAUCUCGUCUUAGACCAGCCUCUGAGGGUAACACCCGAGCUCGGAUCCGUUCCCUGAAAAUCGAUGUAAAUGCCGACACCAACCCAUGGCAAAGUAUCGACAUGAAUCAGUUACUUCAGUCUUGGCUCAGGCAGCCAGAGACCAACCUUGGCAUCGAGAUUAAGGCGUUCGACACCAAAGGAAAGGACCUCGCUGUCACCUCUGCAGAAACCGGAGAGGAAGGGCUGCAACCCUUCCUGGAGGUGAAAAUAUCAGAGAACCCUAAGCGAAUUCGGCGCGAUUCCGGUCUCGACUGCGACGAGCAUUCCCCAGAAUCACGCUGCUGCCGUUACCCUCUUACAGUGGAUUUCGAGGAUUUUGGCUGGGAUUGGAUUAUUGCCCCAAAACGCUACAAAGCCAACUACUGCUCGGGGGAAUGUGAAUAUAUGCACCUCCAGAAAUACCCUCACACUCACUUGGUCAACAAGGCUAACCCACGUGGUACCGCAGGACCCUGCUGCACCCCCACCAAAAUGUCACCGAUCAACAUGCUAUAUUUCAACGACAGGGAGCAGAUCAUUUACGGCAAGAUCCCCUCCAUGGUGGUGGAUCUGUGUGGUUGCUCCUGA